GAAUUAUGUAGGAUACAAGGUUAGUAAGCUUUAUUAAUUACUCAAAAAAAGAAAAGGAGAUCAGAAAAACACCUGAGUACUCCGAGCUGUUAUCUUAAUUGUAGCCUGGAGGAAAGGUAAUCAAAUAUCAAAGUGAUGAAUUGGAUAUUAGUUUAACCUCUAACUUUGGAGAUAAAAAAAUUAGAUAAAUCAAAGUGGCAGUAAUACAUUUAAUUAUAUUUAAGAUUUGUAUAGAAGGUUGUAAUCACGAGAUUUUUGACUUGUAUGACAUUCUCUAAAAUUAAGUUGAAAUCUCGUGCAAACAAUGCAAUAAGAAGGCCACAAAGAAAAACAUCAAAAAGGAAGAGUUUUAUACUACCUUAAUCAAAAAUAUGAGCGAGAAAUCAUUUAGUUGUUCAUUUAUAGGAUAAUUAUGUUUCCACUCUUUUUCAAAAGAUAUUUAGCCAAUGGCCAGAGAAUUGCUUAAAAAAAAUCAAUACAUAUAAUUAUUUACAGCAAUUGUUUAGAACUCUAAAUCAAAAGCAGAAGCAUUAAAAGAUAAAUUGCUUCAUUUAAUAGAUUAAAAAUAAAGAGAGCUUAAUUAAAACAACGCCAUACACAUGAAUAGAAUUUUGGAAUUUUCAUUUUAGUGUUUAAUAACUUAUUAAAAAAUUAUCAUACCUGUUUAAUUUAGCGAAUGUAAGCAUUUGGAUUGUUAUGAAUUUACGAACAUACUAAAAUUGAUUGAUGAUGAAAAAAAGUUACCUGAAUAAUUUUAAAGAUCAUUUGUAAAGUGUUACUAUUAAGAUUGUCAAACUUAAAUUCCAUUAGACUUAAAUUAAUUAAAACAGAAACUUUUAUUUUCGUAUGAUCUUGCUCGUGCAAUUUCAAAAAAUUAUCCAUUCUCAUUAAAUUUAAUAUGGGAUUUCUAGAAAAGUGGAUUUGAAUAUUAGAAGAUAAAAAUUUAUGAGUUUUUAAAAAAUAAAGACCUAAUUAAGUUUUACUAAAAUGAAACUGGUCUUGACUAUACAAUCUUAAGUUUAUUCAAGAAAAUCAUUAAUAAAGAGUUAAGUACUUCGUUAUAAAAUUAACUAAAUUUUUCCAAAUAUAAAGUAAAUUUAGAACAUAUCUAAUUUCCCUGUAGAUGCAACUAGUGCUAAUUAUAAAAUGUGAAAGACAUUGAAGACUUUAUUUUAAGCCAUUUUAUAUAAGAAAAACAAGAAAAACUUAAAUACUUUAUUUGUCCAGCUUGUAAUUUCAAACAUAAUAAUCCUAAAAAAUUGGAAUAACUUAUUUAUUUUGAUGGAUAUCUAUAUAAUGCAAUAUAAAAAACUAGCAAUCGUUAAUAAUUUGAAUAUAAUAAAUGUGAUGAUAAAUAUUAAAAAUUUUUUUAAUCACAUCAAAUCAUUGAUUUUAAACAAAUAAAAGCAAUCUAUUAAAAGACUAAAAUAUAUCCAUAUCCUAAACAAUUUUGUGCAUUGUCAAAAACAUAACUUAAUCUACCACUAACAUUGAUAUAUUGCUAAGAGAAACUCACAGUUGAAUUAAAAGGCCUUAAAAAAUUGUUGAAGAAAACAAAUUUUAAUUUUCAGUCUUUUCUUAAAUGCGAUUGUCAAUUUUGCAAGGAAAAAGGACAAUUAUAACUAACAGACUUUUACUGGGAUCCUUUUUAUUAUAAUAUAUUAUCCUAAGGCUCAGAACCAAAUUUAUUUGAAUUUAUCAAAACCGAAUUAACUAAUUAUUUAGAAAAUACUUAAGUCAACGAAAUUCCUAAUAUUUAGAAAAUAAUUUAAAAGUAUAAUGAAAUUAAACAACACUAAGAUCAGGAAUAGUAAUAAUAAAAAUAAUAUUAAUAAUAACAACAAUAAUAUUAAUAAUAACAACAAUAAUAUUAAUAACAACAACAAUAAUAAUAAUUGUAAUAAUAAUCUUAUUAAAUAAUUGAACAGCAAUCAGAAAUAUUUUAAUUAAGAUCGUAAUUAUAAUAAUAUUAAUACCAACCGUAAGUUAUGGUGCCACCAUAAUAUAACUAACCCCAUUUUAAUCAUAUGGCAUAAGCCACAAAAUAGCACAAUUAGGAAAUUACAUAGACUUAAUAAUUCGUUUUUGAAAAUGGUUAGUUAAUACCUUUGUAACUUUAUAAUUAGAGAUUUUAAUGA